GCUUUCCAUAAGGUGUUCUGAUAAAUAAGUAAAUACUGAUAAUUUUCAUAAUAAAUUAUUCAUACCUCUCACUUCGAAAUAUUGCUUUAAAAAUAAAGCUUAUUCCAAAGGUGUGACUUGCCAAGUACGUUGCUUUACUUCCAGUUCGCCAAAAAAAAUGAGAGAAUGUAUAUCAAUUCAUGUUGGGCAAGCCGGUUCACAAAUUGGCAAUGCAUGUUGGGAACUAUACUGCCUUGAACAUAAAAUUAGUCCAGAUGGAAGAAUGAUAAAUGAAGAAGAAUCCGAAGACGAUUCCUUUUCAACUUUUUUCCAAGAUACUGGGGCUGGCAAACAUGUACCAAGAGCAAUAUUUUGUGACCUUGAACCCACUGUAAUUGAUGAAGUGCGGACCGGAACAUACCGUCAAUUGUUCCAUCCAGAGCAGUUAAUUACUGGAAAAGAAGAUGCUGCAAAUAACUAUGCUAGAGGUCACUAUACAGUUGGAAAAAAUCUUUUAGAAGGUGUUUUGAACCGCGUCCGAAAACUUGCUGAUCAAUGUACUGGUCUGCAAGGGUUCUUUGUUUUUCAUUCAUUUGGAGGGGGAACAGGCUCAGGGUUUACUUCUCUCUUGAUGGAAAGGUUGUCAGUUGAAUUUGGAAAAAAAUCUAAGCUGGAGUUUGCAGUUUAUCCAGCGCCACAAGUAAGUACAGCUGUUGUUGAACCAUACAACUCUAUUUUGACCACGCAUACUACUCUUGAGCAUACUGAUUGUGCGUUUAUGGUUGACAAUGAAGCCAUCUAUGAUAUUUGUAAGAGAAACCUGAAUAUUGAAAGACCAAGCUAUACUAAUCUCAAUCGGCUUAUAAGCCAAGUGGUGUCAUCUAUUACAGCUUCACUUCGUUUCGAUGGUUCACUUAAUGUUGAUCUAACAGAAUUUCAAACAAAUCUAGUGCCAUAUCCUCGAAUCCAUUUUCCAAUGGCAACAUACGCUCCGGUUCUAUCAGUUGAAAAAGCUCACCACGAGCAGAUCUCAGUUUCUGAGAUCACUAAUGCUUGUUUUGAGCCAGCUAAUCAAAUGGUAAAGUGUGAUCCUAGAAAUGGAAAAUAUAUGGCUGUGUGUCUUUUGUAUAGAGGAGACGUUGUGCCUAAAGAUGUUAAUGCUGCUAUUGCUGCUAUCAAAACAAAGCGUACUAUACAGUUCGUUGACUGGUGUCCGACAGGGUUUAAGGUAGGCAUAAAUUAUCAACCUCCAACAGUAGUACCAACUGGUGAUCUUGCAAGCGUAAACCGUGCGGUGUGUAUGUUGAGCAACACAACCGCAAUGGCAGAAGCAUGGGCGCGUUUGGAUAAAAAGUUUGAUAUGAUGUAUGCUAAAAGAGCAUUUGUACACUGGUAUGUCGGAGAAGGUAUGGAAGAAGGGGAGUUUUCAGAAGCAAGAGAAGAUAUGGCAGCCUUAGAAAAAGAUUAUGAAGAAGUUGGUCUUGAAACACAACCCGACAAUGAAGAAGAUGCUGAGCAGAAUUACUAACUUUUAGUUAAAAUUGUAAUCAAUUGUUCAUUAUUAAUUAAAUGAAAACUGAUAUUAAAAAAAAUAAAAUAAAAUAUAACAAGAUUUUACAAAAAUCAGGAGGUUUACAAA